AUGCCUUCUGUCAAAAUGUUUCUCGCGUUUGCUGUGCUCGCUCUCACCUAUACAGGCUCCCUUGCCCAGACUGUAGCAGGAACUUGCGACCAGGACGAUGGCAAAUAUUUCACGGACACAAAGAGCCAAACGUACAAAAUUAAAGGUACUCUAGCAGCCCCCGGAACCCACCACGCAUACCGUGAGGUUGCGGGCACCCCGCCAUCACCAUCUGGAUCAUCUUCACCCCCUCCCCCAUCAGGGUCUUCUGGCUCGACACCACCAGCAGAAACCUCUGCUCCAGCAACCUCCCCACCGCCAUCUUCUCCUCCACCUUUUACCCCACCACCUGCUCAAGAAAGCCUUGAGAUUGUCAGCAACCCCAAAUGUGGGACUGAUGCUGGAAAAGGAUGGGUAGCCGAUGAUGGUGAGAAUGACUUCCAAAACGGCUGCCUCUCAAUUCAAUACAUGAACAACCCACCGGCACCAGGCUAUACCGCCAACGAAUGUAUUCUAUCCGACGGCGAAGGCCCAGGAACUACCACCUGCGAACAUUGGUUUGCAUACACCGUCCCUCCACCCGCACAACCAGAAACGGACCCAUUCCCAUACACCCUCUGCGAGACGGUCUGCCCCUUCAGCGACGGUAUGAUCUAUGAGAGCGACCAUGGCGAACGUUUCAAAAUGAGUUGCAGCAAGAGACACGGAAUGAAGGUCCUCUGGACCCAGCCAGCCGAAACCUUCGAUGACUGUAUGGAUAUGUGCGCAAAGAUUGUGCCAUGCCAUAGUGUAGACUACCAAGCUAGGACCAAGAAGUGUUAUCUAGGCGGGAAUAAUGGUCAGCCGAGCAUCGCAGCGGCCAGUUUUGCCAGUGCGACCUCUAUCGGAUCAGGAGUGGAUAAGAAGGAUGAAUGGAAUGGGGAUGGAUCACUGACUGGAAGAGCUUGA